AUUUCUAUUUUUAUUUUUAUUUUUGUUUUUCGUUUUUAUUUGUACCAAUAAAGUUACUGCAUUAUUAUUUACUGGCGAAUUAUUGAACUUGUUUUGUUAUAUUCAUUUGUUUAUCUCGUUCGUCUCGUUAACAGCUAAUAAGGAAUGAUGUCCACAAAACGCAAGAAAACCUGUAUUUCUUUUGAAACGAAGUAGGCUCUUGAACGUACUGAUAAAGGGGAGUGUCAUAAAAAGAUUGCUGCUGAACUUAAUGUUGGGCGAGUCACCAUCGGAGACUGGAUGCGCAACCGAGCGAAAUUGAAAGCAUGGAAAGAGAAAUCGUCAAUGUCUGCUCAACGUAAAACAAUGAAGAGAAGCGAGUACACAAAAGUGGAAAAAGCAUUAUUUUUAUGGUUUAUGCAACAAAGAAAAAAAGGAUCUCCAAUUUCAGGACCAAUACUACAGGCAAAAGCGUUGUCACUACGUGCAUAUUUCCCAGAGAAAACUGAAUGUUUCACAGCCAGCAAUGGCUGGCUUCAUCAAUAGAAAAAAAGAUACGGUAUAUGGCAACUUAGUAUUUGUGGAGAAAAAUUAUCUGCAGAUAAUAAUGUCGUAGACACUUUCAAAGAAAAAGUUCAAAGAAUGAUCAACGAAGAAGGUUACUGUUCAGAACAGAUUUAUAAUUGUGAUGAAACAGGCUUGAAUUACAAAAUGUUACCAACAAAAACUUUGGCAUGGCGUGAAGAAUCAUCAGCUCCAGGAUACAAACGAAGCAAGGAAAGAAUAACCGUAUUGGCUUGUAGCAAUGCUUCUGGUAAACAUAAACUGCCUCUUAUGAUCAUUGGAAAAUCUGCAAAACCUCGUACAUUCAAAAACCUAUCGAUAACAAUUAUACCAGUUUACUACAAGAGUAAAAAAAAAUGCUUGGAUGGAUGUUGCGCUCUUUACAUUGUGGUUUCAUGAAGAAUUGGUGUUCGCGGAAUAGCGCGAUUAAUUCCCGGUAUCGUGAGCAACGGGAACUUUCCAGAAUCUACUGGAAAGCAGUUGCGGGCGAGUCGGCUGUUUGUAUGUCUCCGAUACCUUGCCAGAAAAAGCGAGGUCGUGGAGACAAACACCGCAAGAAACAGCGUGGUCCGGUCUGCGACACGUGUAGGCUCCGGUCGAUCAGCUGCUUGGUCGCGAUAUCAAAACAGCUGAUCGCCGGAGAACAAGGAACCGUUGUCUAUGGCUGAUGGCUCGGGAUGGCCGGAGACAAAGGCGAGGUGACGAUAGUGGGGGAGUAUAAAACCCCAAACCUCGCGCUCCGGGCAUGCCAGUCAGCAAGCUAAACUCGAAUUAACGACUCAUUUUCGGAAAGCUAAACUCGAAUUAACGACUCAUUUUCGGAAAGCUAAACUCGAAUUAACGACUCAUUUUCGGAAAGCUAUUGCACGCUCAACCCGAUCGUGAUAACGUGUUUCGCAUAACCUGUAAUCAAGUGUAAAUUUUGUAAAUAUAAUCGUGUGGUAUUGUCAA